GAUGCCGCAACGCCUCCCUCUCUCUCUCCCGUUUCACCUUUGCAGCAGCUCCGCCAGCGACUGCAAGAGGGUGGAGACACAGCUCUCCUUUUUCUAACCAUUGCCCCAUAAUUUCUCCUCCUUUUCUUGCCCUCUUUCAUUCGUCCUCCGCGCCCGCCCGCCCGCUUUCAUCCCAGCUUCACUUUCACUCGCCUCACUGCAAUCUUUGGCAUACAACUGUCCAUCACCUGCGGGCGAAUGCUUCAUUCAGGUUGUCCGACGACCCAACCAAUCCCAGUUCUUGCCAUCCAUCUGCUUGCUUGAUCUGCCCCCACCCUGCUGCAAUGGCUGGGAGCUUCGACGGGAGGAUGCCAACCAGAGGCGUGGAGCAGGCCAUUGUUGCUCUCAAGAAGGGCGCGCAUCUCCUCAAGUGCGGCAAGAGAGGGAAGCCCAAGUUCUGCCCCUUCAGGCUCUCUUCUGAUGAGAAGACACUGGUGUGGUACUCGAGAGACAGGGAAAAACACCUGAGCUUAAACUCUGUGUCAAUUGUAGUUCUUGGACAGAAGACUACAAACUUUCAUCGUCAGCGUUGGCCGGAGAAGGAGCACCAAUCCUUGUCGCUCGUAUACAGAAACGGCGAGUGCUCACUCGACUUGAUCUGCAGAGACAGAGAUCAAGCUGAGUGCUGGCAUCUUGGCUUGACAGCCUUGAUAUCAGGUUCUUCUAGUCCAUUUUCAUCUGUUGGGUCAAAGAGCAGCAGGCAGACGACCAGUUGCACAACUACUCCCCGCAGCUAUAUUCAGCGAAAGAGCAAGCUAUCAGCUGUGCAUGACACGCCAAGGCACAAACAGGUAUAUCCAUCUUAUGGGAGUCCUAAGAUGACACAGAAAGAUUUAUUUGGUGGUUACCUUGAUUGUUCGGAAGCAUUAUUUUACCAAAGACAGCGAACAUUUUCGGACGUAGACUCUUACCUGGAGAGGCUUAGUCCCAAGGUGGCAAAUCCAGUUAGACAUAGUUUGAAGGACAUUUUGGUUGCUAACAACAAACACAAGACGCCGACAAUUAGUCGAACACCUAAAGUGAAAGCAUUUGAAGGGCCCCGUGCAGCAUGCAGACUGGAUUCUCUGAAGGAUGUUUUUCUCUGGGGAGAUAUUGUUGGCAGUACGUUAGACAGUGAAGAUAUCCCAAAGGCACUUCCGAGGUUAGUGGGAUCAACCAAAAUGCUUGAUGUACAGAGCAUUGCUUGUGGGCAGAAUCAUGCAGCCAUAAUCACCAAGCAAGGGGAGGUCUUCUCCUGGGGCAAGGAGGGUAGCGGGAGACUGGGACACAAAGUAAAUGACAGCGCCCCGUGCCCUAAAAUGGUCGAGUCUCUUGCCUCUGUACAUGUGAAGGCUGUUGCAUUUGGUUCAAAGCACACCUGUGCAGUCACGGUUUCUGGCGAACUUUUUGAAUGGGGUGAAGGAGCUCACAGCUUGGGUUUGUUGAAUAACUGGCAUGGAAGGAACCAAUGGUUACCCCACAAAUUGUUUGGCCCUAUGGACAACAUUUCUGUGUCGAAAAUUGCCUGUGGCGACUGGCACACAGCUAUUAUGACAUCUUCUGGUCAGCUAUUCACAUAUGGGGAUGGUACAUUUGGUGUUCUUGGGCAUGGGAAUACACAAGGAAUUGCUAGGCCAAAAGAAGUAGAGUCCUUAAAAGGGUUACGGGUGAAAUCUGUGGCAUGCGGGCCAUGGCACACGGCUGCCAUUGUUGAAGGAAUGAGCAGUUUCAAGUGCAACGCUCCAAUUGGCAAUCUGUUCACAUGGGGUGAUGCAGAUAAAGGGAAGCUGGGUCAUGCUGACAAGAAGAUGAAGCUUGUACCAACAUGCGUUGAUUCACUCAUCAGUCAUGAUUUUCUUCAGGUAUCAUGUGGGAUGGCUCUGACUGUUGUGCUAACAUCUAAUGGGGUGGUAUUUACUAUCGGAAGCUCCAAACAUGGGAAACUAGGGAACCCACAGGCAGAUGGUGAAUCUGUUUGUACUGUCGGAGGAGUACUUAAGAAUGAGUUUGUGACAGAGAUAUCAUCUGGUUCUUCCCACGUAGCCGUGCUGACUAUGAACGGAAAGGUUUUCACCUGGGGUAAAGGUGCGGACGGACAACUUGGUUUAGGUGACUAUGCCAAUAGGAGCUCUCCUACUUUAGUAGAGGCAUUAGAAGGUAGACAAGUUCAGAGUAUAGCUUGUGGCUCCAAUUUUAGUGCUGCAAUCUGUUUGCAUAAGGGUAUCUCAGUGAAGGACCAACCCAUAUGUAGCAGAUGUCAGAUGGUCUUUAAUUUUACUAGAAAGAAACACAACUGUUACAACUGUGGUUCCAUGUUCUGCAACUCCUGCAGUAGUAAUAAGACCGCAAAUGCAGCACUUGCACCAGACAGGAACAGAAGGUAUCGUGUCUGCGAUGCGUGUUUCUGUCAACUAGAGAAAGUCUUGUACUCUGGAGAAGUCAAGCCGCAACCAAAGAUCAGCAAAGGAGAGAUGUUCAAAGCAGAAAUAAUGGCAUACACACCUAAGUUGUCACGUUUAUUCAAGGAAGCAAACCUCAUUGUCGAAAAGAUGGCUUCAGUACAAGGUCACAAUCAGAGAAAUAUGGACUCCGUUGAUCCAGUGCAAGUGAAAACUCAAAGAUGGGGGCAAGUUGAGUGUCCUGCCAAAUUUUUAUCUGCACAAGAUAAUUUCAGACAUCAGUUGGUACCAAAUAAUCAGAUGUCCGGUGUCUCUUUUUCCCAAAGAAUGCAUGAUGCUGUAGGGCUGAAGGCUGGAAACUCUUUGCGACAGUCUACUGAUAGCCAGAGAGAUGAAAUGAGUAUGAUGGAAAGAAUACUCACUGAGGAAGUAAAGCAGCUGCGCUCACAGGUCACGGCUCUUGCAGAGCAAUGCCAGCAGAAAAAUCUUGUAGUCCAAGUGUACAAACAAAGACUUGAUGAAACAUGGCUCCUUGUUAGGGAUGAGGCUGCAAAGUGUAAAGCUGCCAAAGAUAUCAUAAAGGUUCUAACUAACCAGUGUAAUGCCUUGUCAGCGAAACUUUCAGUUGGCCAGCAACCAGAGAACUUAAAGAUUACACCUAAUAGCAUCCCAGAACAAGCACCGUCACCAGGUGGAUCAUUCAGUCAUCGGAAUAUCGCCAGAACAUUCGACCGUGAUGGCUACACCACGGAAGCAGACUCCGUGGACACUCCUGUCGAAGGUGUUAUAGAGCAGAUUGAACGAGGAGUGUAUGUCACGCUUGCCGUAUCCUCAAGUGGAAAGAAAGACAUAAGGCGGAUAAGAUUCAGUCGGAAGCAUUUCGGCGAGAAGGCCGCUCAGUGCUGGUGGGAGGAGAACAAGAGCAGGGUAUAUGCAAAUUACAGCGUUGAGCAAGCGGCGACGCCACACCCCAACCGGGCUUAAUGGUGACGACCGGCAAAAUAAUUGUACAGAGGUUAUAACCGGUGCUACCAAUAUUAACUGACCAAACUGAACAGUCUUCAGCAAAGUAGGCCUUGUUGUAGCAUGAAGCUGAUGGAAUUUUGUAAGCUGAUACACCAAGUGAUCUGAUCUACCAUCUGCUUUUUACAAUGAUCAGUGGAGGGCAGUUUAAAACUUA